GUUAUGGCUAAUACUGAACGUGUUAUAAAACAUGUUAUCCAAGAAAAAUUGGCAUUCACAUUGGUUGUCAAUAAAGUGGACAGAUUAAUUUUAGAAUUAAAGUUACCACCAAACGAUGCAUAUUAUAAAUUAAAGCAUACGAUAGAAGAAGUUAAUACUAUUAUUGGCCAAUGCGCACCGGGACAGGAUCUCCGUGUGUCUCCGGAACGCGGAAAUGUCUGCUUCGCAUCAAGCCAGAUGGGAUGGUGUUUCACUUUAAAGUCUUUCGCAAAAUUGUAUGCAGAUUCACAUGGUGAUUUAAACGCCGAAGAAUUUGCAAAAAGACUAUGGGGUGAUAUAUACUUUAAUCCUGCCAAACGUACUUUCAGUCGAAAGAGUUUAGAAAGCAAAAGUCAGCGGUCAUUCGUUUAUUUCAUUCUGGAACCGUUAUUUAAAUUAUACACACAAGUCAUAGGUGAAAAUGAGGCCACCUUGAAAAGAACCUUGGCUUCACUGGGCAUCCAUUUGAAGGCCUCUCAUUUUCAAUUAGAUGUUAAACCUUUGUUACGAAUAGUUCUAGAUCAAUUUUUUGGGCCGUCCACUGGUUUUGUUGAGAUGGUAGUUCAGCACAUUCCGUCUCCAGAGAAAAAUGCCAUAAAUAAGGUGGAGCAUAUUUAUACUGGGCCCAUGGACACAAACGUAGCAGAAGCGAUGCGCAAAUGCGAUUCAGACGGUCCAUUGAUGAUUUACAUUACAAAACUAUAUAAUUCAUCUGAUGUAUCAACCUUCGACGCAUUUGGUCGAAUAAUGAGUGGUACUGUUAGAAAAGGUCAAACCGUGAGAGUACUUGGUGAAGGUUAUUCAAUCGAAGACGAAGAAGACAUGACUAUACAAGAUGUUUCUAAUGUGUGGAUAUUCGAAUCUAG